AAACCCGAAGAAGACUUUUCAGUGGGAGGUGACCCUGACGGUGACGGCUGGCUUUUUAGACCACCUGAGAAUGGGCAUGUCAUUACGAGAGGCGAAGUCGUUUCUCGUAUUGUACCGUAUUACGAAAUGUUUUUGACAAACGUAUUUCUACUGGGUUGGAACGUUCUCAGGGAUGCCAGCGAAUCAGUAAAGGUUGACUACUCAGUAACACUUUUUCAAGCUUGCUCAGAUCGUUACGACAUUCCCGGCUUUGAUUAUUGUGCAGCAUCCCGUCUCGUAUGGGGACUCGCUGGGGGUGCAGUAAUCUACUUUGCCGUCACCUUUCUCAUUGCUUUGUUACUUUUGGUUGAAUUGCGACGAAAAGGAUACCAUUCAACGUUUACUGCCAUGUGGCAUUCUCCAAUAUUUCUUCUCUGCUUCUUCUUUCCGGUUGAGAAGCGUGUCGACAUUUUGAGUAUCCCGAACAAAUAUGUAGAACUGUCAUUAUGGACACGGGCUCACUUCCAUAAGAUUGCAUUGGCCAUCUAUUGUGCUGUGUGUUUGGGUUUAGUUAUCAUGUCUUUGGUCAGAGGGACUGCUGAAACGUUUGUCAUCCAAGGCCAGCAAUUAGACGAAGGCUUACACAAAUACUACAAUCCAUACCUUGUGCCGUAUUACGUUGCUAUAUACACGUUCACAAGGACUCUAGUGACAAUGGUAUUGGAGAUCUUCCAAGACAAGAAUAAUCGUAAUAAGCCGGAGAGAAUUGGACGAUAUUACAAGAAUAUCAAGAUCGACUGA